AUGACCAAGAUCGACAUUCAAGCUGAACAGAAGGCUUUCGAGCAGGAAGUCAAGGAGAUUGAACAAUGGUGGUCCGAGCCCAGAUGGAAGGCCACCAAGCGUAUCUACACUGCCGCUGAGAUUGCUAAGAAGAGAGGUACCAUCCCCUCUGCUUUCCGUUCUUCCGUCCAGGCCAAGAAGCUCUACAAGCUCCUCGAGGACCACUGGGCUAACAAGACUGCUUCUUUCACCUACGGUGCCCUCGACCCCGUCCAGGUCACACAGAUGGCCAAGUACCUCGACACUGUCUACGUCUCCGGCUGGCAAUCUUCUUCUACCGCUUCUACCUCCAACGAGCCCUCUCCCGAUCUCGCUGACUACCCUAUGGACACUGUCCCCAACAAGGUUGAGCACCUCUGGUAUGCUCAGCUUUUCCACGACAGAAAGCAACACGAGGAGCGCAUGAACCUCACCCCUGCUCAGCGUGCCGAGCUCCCCUACACUGACUACUUGAGACCUAUCAUUGCCGAUGCCGACACUGGCCACGGUGGUCUCACUGCUGUUUUCAAGCUUACCAAGAUGUUCAUUGAGCGUGGUGCUGCCGGUAUCCACGUUGAGGAUCAGGCCCCUGGUACCAAGAAGUGCGGCCACAUGGCCGGUAAGGUCUUGGUUCCCAUCCAGGAGCACAUUUCUCGUCUCGUUGCCAUCCGUGCUUCCGCUGACGUUUUCGGCUCUGACCUCCUUGCUGUUGCCAGAACCGACUCUGAGGCUGCCACCCUUAUUACCUCCACCAUUGACUACAGAGACCACUAUUUCAUUGUUGGCUCCACCAACCCUGAUCUCCCUCCCUUGAUUGAGCUCACCACCGCUGCUGAGGAGCGUGGUGCCUUUGGCGCUGAGCUCCAGAAGAUUGAGGAAGACUGGGUUGCCAGUGCUGGCCUUAAGCUCUUCUCUCAGGCUGUCAUUGAUGAGAUCAAUGCCGGCUCUUACCCCAACAAGGCUGCUCUCAUUGCUGAGUUUACCUCCAAGGUUGGUCCUCUCACCAACACCCCUAACAAGGAAGCCCGUGCUCUUGCCCGCAAGCUCCUUGGCAAGGAUAUUUACUUCAACUGGGAGGCUCCCCGUGUCCGUGAGGGCUACUACAGAUACCAGGGUGGCACUCAGUGCGCUGUCAACCGUGCUCGCGCCUACGCUCCCUACGCUGACCUCAUCUGGAUGGAGUCUAAGCUCCCUGAUUACGCUCAGGCUAAGGAGUUUGCUGACGGUGUCCGUGCUGCCUAUCCUGACCAGUGGCUCGCUUACAACCUUUCUCCUUCCUUCAACUGGACCAAGGCUAUGUCCCCCUCUGAUCAGGAGACUUACAUCUCUCGUCUCGCCAAGCUUGGUUAUGUCUGGCAAUUCAUCACUCUUGCUGGUCUCCACACCAACGCUCUCAUUUCUGACACUUUUGCCAAGGGUUACAGCCAGAUUGGCAUGAAGGCUUACGGUUCUUUCAUCCAGCAGCCUGAGAUUGACAAUGGUGUCGAUGUUGUUAAGCACCAGAAGUGGUCCGGUGCCGAGUACAUUGACAACAUUCUUAAGAUGAUUACUGGUGGUGUUUCUUCCACUGCUGCCAUGGGUGCCGGUGUCACUGAGGACCAGUUCAAGAGCAAGAUCUAA